CCGCGGGGGCGAUGAGCGCACUUCCCUCCGCCCUGAGACUGACCUGCUGCCGUUCCUGGCUCCUGCUGAUCUGCCUCGUUCUCUGCCUGAUCUCGAGCUGCAGCUGCGGCACGCGUCAGGAUCGCCUGACCAGGGGAUUACUGGCAGGUGAUGACGUGCGCGGUUCCAGCUUCAACAACGACGACGACGACCUCGAUGCCUACGACGACGACGAGGACUACCUCGAGGAGAAUAUCACUGCGGCGAAGGGGCAGUACCUGGGCUCGCCGUGCGAUGUCUCGUGUAAUCCGGAACUGCAGCACGUGUUCUGCGACGCAAUCACCGGUCACUGCGAGUGCGAGAAAUUCUAUCCAGUUCGUCUUGGGCCUAGCAAAGGAUGUGCCAAACCCAAAAGACUCGGGGAGCAAUGCUUCUAUCGCGCGACUUGCACUUUUGCGGAUCAGCAUGCGACCUGCAUCCAAGUGCAGCACAAUGCUGUAUGCGACUGCGAGGAGGGCUAUCAUAAGGUUGCCCUGUCCAGGCCUAACAAGAAGGUGUUCUGCGCCGAAGAUCUGGUGCUGAUAACAACGGAUAUUCCGACUCUGCUCUGUAUAGCAUCGGGAAUAGCGAUAUUCACGGCAAUGAUAUGCUUCGUGCUCAAGUUAUUCAGUCGUGCGAGAUACUCAAGGCCGCGGCACUAUGCCAACGCGAAUCACGCGCCGCCCAUGCUGUUCUCCAGCGACACGGGUAUCCCACUGACGCUGCACGGCGGUCGACCAUCCUCACGCGCCAGUCAGAGAAGCAGCACCGGAGGACCGUUGACCUACGCGUUCACCAGGAGGCCUAGCAGCGGCGGUAGCCGCGGUCCCUUGGUACCGGCGUCGAGAGCAGGUGCGGCACGUGCCGCCGCCAUCUUGCUUAUAUCGUGCCACCUGCAGGCGACCAAAGGCGGGAACAAGCAUCGACGUACCCUUAGCGACGUGGCUGAGGGAUCGUCCGACGGCCUCGGUUCUCGUCGUCCUAGCUUAACCUCGGUUCACAGUUCGACGUCCUCGGCGCGUAGUUACAGCGCGCGACGCCUCGAGAAGGAAAGAAACGAAAAGGAACAACGUCAGGCCCUGCAGGAACUGAGGCUGGCUAAGCAACGGGAGCAACAACAUCAGCAACAACAACAGGUGGCGCCGACGCCCAGCCCUAGGACUCCGCACUCUACGGAUGAGCUGCUGCCCUCCGUGGAGGAAGGGAAAGAGGUCUUUUACAACGAGCAGGUGCCGACGACGUCGGACGCCAUCGAGGAAACAUUGGUGAAAACGACGGCAGUGACGACGACUAACGUGAACGCGAGCAGAUUCGGUGAAAUGGCGCCGGUCACCACCUCGACAACGUCCAUCUUCGAGACGAACAUCGCGCCGCGUGCCACCGGUGACAUUUUUCAAGUGUAGUUAAGAACCAGACCGGAGUCUGACGGAACGUGGGGGACUCGAAUCGUCGACGGAAUCGGUGAAACCAAUCGUCGUCGCGUCGGCGUCAGGGGACGGGAAUCAGGUGCACGUACGCAACGCGUAACACGAAACACAAUUCUAAACGAAACAAUGUCCCCUAUUUAAACGGCCAACAGUCAAGCGCCUAGGAGCAAGGGUCACCGAGAAGAGGGUUCGAGUGAUCGUCGGGUACCGGAAGUCCGCGCGUGUACCACGCCAUCGCGGACGAUGAUGGCGCUUGAACGAUAACUGUAGAUCAGAGAUGGGCAAAAUUUUUAUCUAGAUGCAAAGUUCGAUUAACAACAAGCAACCUUUCGUCCGUUAUCCGUUCGAUGAAAAUUGCUAUUUGUGUUCGAUAAUUAAUUAAAUAACGUUUUACGUUGAACCGAGGUUUUCCAAAAUACGGUACGUGGGAUCGUGCGUGGUCGCUACUCAAUAGUACAUCGAGUAUUGUUGAUCCAGCAGAAUAAUGAAUAUCUAAUUACAGGCACCGUUGCCGCCUCCGUGCACGCCUACGAUAUUCAAAUAGUUCGGGUGUUUCACGAUCCUGACUGAUAAACCAAUAGUAAAUACAUAUACUGCCGUCUAUAAGCAGAUUCCAGGGGAAAAACUAUCAUAGUCGCAAAGUUUCAGUGUUUCAAAGAGGAACUCUGUAAACUCCACCCCUUCCUAUAUACGAUCCAAAAUUGAAUAUUCUUCGUUUGUACAGCGGUUUUCUGAAUUUUUUUAAGAACGUUGAAUGUUUCUCGGCCCCGUGUAACUUUUUCAAGUUUCUAUAGAACGCUAUUUGUGUUCUCGUACGACGAGAUACUUUUACACUACAUCUAAUUUUUUCAGAAUCUUUGAACAAUUGUUUUAGCGGGAAUCGUCGAAAUAGUAAUAUAGUAGGUUAUAAGUACUCCCCCCUCCCUGGUAUUGCAAGGAUUAAGGAACAAUAUCUACUGUUCCGAUUAGUAAUAGUAUGCAAGCUAUGUAUCUAAUAUUUCUGACUAGCUUGGUGCGAUUAAACUUAUGGACGGUAGUGUAAACAAUUCAAAUCUUUACUUAUCCGAAACCCGUGUCUUAUAAAGUGUUAAAAUUCCACGUUAAUAAAAUAAUAGAAUAAACGUUGCAACUAAAUCGUUAUACGGUUAUUCGUCAUCUAUCGUUUAAACAAAAUUUUGCCCAUCUCUGCUGUAGAUACGAAGGGUACAAUGAUGGCGGAAAGAUCGUUAAAGCUGAUAUUUGUUCGAGCCACGCGCGAAGGCCUAGAAGAAUUAUUUAUUCUAAAAGAUAUAUUUUUAAAUAUCUAGGUACAGGAGGUACUUAGACGCGGAGCCAGCUUUCAGAGGAAGAUAUAAAGUCGAUGUGAUAAGAAAGAGCGCGUUCGGCUGUGAAACACGUAACAUUCAGGAAUAUAACUAGUACCUCGAUGCAGGUAUGUAAAAUGGUAACUCGACACGAAGGUGGUAUGCACCGUGUAUUUAGGGGCCGAACGAGAUUUUGCGAAUGUUUCGAAUCAACGUUCCUUGGCUGGAAACGUUGCAAGACUCGAAUGGCACGUUUUAGACAAUUAAACAUUUCGACUAUUUUGACCCGAGGGUCAAUUUGCACUUUGCAACUACGUCACAGGCCAUUUUUCGACUGUACCAACUCACAUCAUCGGAUAAAAACUAUAACUGUGUAGAAUUAAAAGCAUAACAAUAAUUUUCAUAAAAAUAAGCCAGUAAGAUACAUUUAAUACACUUAAAAGACGUAGACGAGCUAAACAAAAUUUGUUUUCUCGACUCUUACGUAGCAUUCAGUUUAUUCUUCCAUUUUUUAAACUAUGAAUAAGUCAUGUAAUUAUUCAUGAUAUGAUUAUUCCAGUGGAAGUAUGCUAAACCCUUGCACCACGAUUUGAAUCACGAGUUAGAAAUAUAAAUGUUCUCCGGUGUAUAAGAACAACUAAGAUUCCAAACACAAAAAUAUAUAUAUAAAUAUUUGUCAGGAAUUUUAUUUCUUACGCAUCGAAGAACGUUUCUACUUCGAACUCUCGUUAAAUAAUAUUAUUUCAUGUUUUCUAAUACGAAGAAAACGGAAGUAAAUUUGAUUGUAACAGCGUCGAAUUUAUUUCUUAGCAACAAUAACUUCUGAAUCUGCCUCGAGUCGUGCCACUUUGCGGACAAGGAUCGACGAGUGACGAGAAGAAUAGAAGGUACAUUCGGAAUCAUUUUUUACGGCUUAAAUUUUUUAAGCAUUUACGAAUCAUUAGUUCGUCGAUGGGAUUUUUUUACGAAGAUUCAGGAAACGUCGGGCGAUCGUACACAGAACAGAUAUCAAGCUUCUCAAGUUUGCACAUGGAUGUUCAGUACGAUAUUAUUAUUGUACUUCGUUACAGUUUACUUACAUAUCAGUGAAAUAUCAAUUUUUUGCUUUCCCUUAUCAACGAUUUCUCGCACCAAACCUGGGCUAACCGUGAUAUCGAUACUUCGUAGAUCUUAUUGCGUUAGUCAAGUAUCUCGUCUGACAUGCAAAUUCUAGAUUUUUGCGAUCGAAAUAUCGAUAAACCAUUUAUAAGAACCGAGUGUUUCUGGGAAUUCCACGCUGAUCUCGCGUCGUAAAUUUCUACACAAUUUUUUGCAACAUCUACAGACAACUAUCCGCUAAAAAUUCAAUCACAUAUCAGCGACGGAUUAAAACAAUUCGAAUGCAGAACAGAUCGAUCCAGGCGCAAAGAAAAAGAUCGAACGAGGGACAAGUUUCGUUGGAAACGCGAAAAGUUUCGCUCGAAGAUUUCUCGAUCGGAUGCACAGGGUGACUCAAAAGUGACGUCACGAACCGAGAUCAUUCUGGUCUCCAAACUCAUUCGCGAUACGAAUAAUUUUCUUCGAAGAUGAGAUCAAGUUCUUGCGAACAGAAGAAAAUACAUUACGUAAACGUUUUAAUAAGUAGUAACUGUAUCACGAAAGGGUUAAAAUUCACACAACACACAACUCAGCCUACGUACAAACCAUGCGAGGAAAUCAGUUAAAUCCCAAAUAUUACUUUAGAUUGUACGGAAGUGAACUGAGAAAUUUUAUCGAAAGCAUUUUACAAGAUGUGAUAUAUUUUGUUCCAGCGAAAACUAUUCCGAGUUUCGUCUUCGAAGAAAUAUUCCUAAAGCAAGCAAUGAAUUAACGAAUAAUUAUCGACGCCAUUUUGCGAACCGCCCUGCGCGAAUAUGUAACCGCAAACACGUAUAGUGGCAUUAAAUAGAAACAAAGCUGCGGAAGUAUUCCUAAGAAAUGCGAUAAAUGUUCUGCGCCAAAAUUUAUCUAAACAAUCGCUGGGACGUACUUGAAGAAAUGAAAUUAAUUAAAAACGCACCUAUAUCAACGUACAUUCCGUCUCACGUGAAGAUACCGACGCGUUCAAAUCGUUUCGUUUGCUCGAACGGAAUUUGCUGGAAUAGAAGAAAGCAAUUGGCAGGGCAUUCUCGAGUCGGUCGAGGCUAAAUAUACCUCUAAUCUUAGAUAAAAAUACAAAAAAAAAAAGAAGAAAAACAAAAAAUAAAAUACCGUACAGGUGCUUCGACGCGUCGCGUCACCGGCGUCGCGAAAAUCGUGCGGAAACUGAUAAGAAAUUGUGCCACGACCCUUGUUGUUUCGUUUUUCCACGACGAGCCUCGCGAAAGGUAAACAAUCGACCAAAUUCCGUACCGAUCGCUGGAACAAACGAAUUCCGUUUCUCCAGAAAUUAUAAUACAAGCCAACUACUUCUCGAUGUCGCUGAAUUAUUUAUCGCGAAUUAAGCUAGCUCGUUCCACGCAUCGUUGUAAUUAUGAAAUUAAAUAUUUCUCGACUCGCCUGAAUUCCGAAGGGCAAUUCCAGAAUGGUAUGAUCUACGGUCACGAAACGUCGAUUCCAUUCUCCGGGUUUAGAAAAUAAAAUUUUAUUAUUGAAACAGAUUUGUUAAUACAAGCGUUGUCGUUCAUGAAUGAUUGAAAAACGUUUGCAAAUAAUAUUUGUAGCAAAAUAUUGUUUAAAAAUGAUUUCUUAAUUAAAAUGGUUUCGCGCGUCUUCCUAUGUUCGUCUGAGAUUUUGAAAUCGUUUUAAAAGAAAUUGAGUGAGAAACGAUCAAGUCCAGAAAACACAAAUUUGAAAUAGUUACGAGAGUAUUCUAUCUUUUGAAAUUUACCUUUCCUAUCGUAUAUUUUUCAGAAGCUAAAUAUAAUUUGGAUCGAAGAACGAUAAUGCUUGGAUGAACACUGUUUUUAAAUAAUAUUUUCGGGCAGGACAACAAUUCGUACGAUUAAAAAUUAUCUUUAUUUUGAUGAAUCUCGUGAAAUUCUGUUCGCGUCGUGUCGUUCAUUGUUGCGCGUAUAUCGUGGCACACGAUUUUCUCGAGUCGCUCGGCUCGCCAAUGUAAAUUGUAGUGAUAAAAAUCGUUAAAAAUGAAAUUAUACAUAUAUUAUAUACGUACACGUGUAAAAUACGUAAGAAGCGAUCACGCACGGGGGGCUGUGUUGCAUUUCACGUGGAGAAAAGAAACGAAAGAUGCCUGCCUAGAGCGAGAGCAAACAAACGUAUAUCGACGUCUCGUGUUCGAAUAAUUGCGCUGCCUUUCCCGAUUAAAAUAAAUUAACAGACCACACACGUUACACGGUACAUACAAAAACAAACAAUGAAUUAAACACACACGCGUACGCACAGAGAUACAAACACACAUACACACACGCAACAUACAAACCAAAGAGCAAAAAGAAGUAGAGAGACAAAAGAGUCUUAAGGAACAUUCUCGCGAUUCUACGCGACUCCACGUAUUAAAUACUCGCGAUGGAAUCUUAUUCUUUACCAGUUUAAAGCGACACCGGAUGGAACGCGCGUACAAACACGUCGCGCGUUUCAUGAAUCGAUCGCGAUCGAACGGUCUCCGUCGCCGAUAAGCGAGUAAAUUAACAGAAUUAUAUCGUCGCAACCCGCAUAAAUAUUAUUCCGAACUAAUCGACUCGACCCGCCGCCUGAUUUAUAAAAACCAAAGAAAUAAAACAAAAAAGAAUGGUCGAUGUU